GCGGCGGCUCCGGGAGCGGAGCGGGAGCGUGUGAGGGAAUUGCCCCGGGAACYGCAGCCAUGCCGGGACUGCUGCUGGGGGACGAGGCGCCCAACUUCGAGGCGGACACCACGCAGGGCCGCAUCCGCUUCCACGACUUCYUGGGAGACUCCUGGGGCAUCCUGUUCUCCCACCCACGGGAUUUCACCCCUGUGUGCACCACGGAGCUGGGCCGGGCAGCAAAGCUGGCACCCGAGUUCAGCAAGCGCAACGUGAAGAUGAUCGCGCUCUCCAUCGACAGCGUCCAGGACCACCUCUCCUGGUGCAAGGACAUCAACGCCUACAAUGGAGAGCAGCCUGCAGAGAAGCUGCCCUUCCCCAUCAUCGCUGACAAGAACCGUGAGCUGGCUGUCAAGCUGGGCAUGCUGGACCCCGACGAGCUGGACAAGGAUGGGAUGCCCCUGACCGCUCGUGUGGUGUUCGUUUUUGGCCCGGAUAAGAAGCUGAAAUUGUCUAUCCUGUACCCAGCCACCACUGGGAGAAACUUUGACGAGAUCCUGAGAGUGGUGGACUCCCUGCAGCUGACAGCCUACAAGAAGGUCGCUACCCCUGUGGACUGGAAGCCCGGUGACAGCGUCAUGGUGGUGCCCACCUUGCCUGACGAGGAAGCCAAGAAGCUCUUUCCCAAAGGAGUGUUCACGAAGGAGCUCCCGUCGGGCAAGAAGUACCUGCGUUACACGCCGCAGCCGGAGUGAGGGCGCUGUCCAUCUGUCUGUCUGUCUGUCUGUCCAUCCCGCCGGGAGCCUCCCCGUGCCCGGCUCCCGCCCCUCCGGCACCGCACGAUCCGCAGCCUGGUCCCGUCACACCGCUGGUGCACUGCAGYACUAAACCAACCCUCCCCAGCCCUUCCAUCCUGCACAUCCCCGCAGAACUAAACCCUGCGUGUUGGCCUGCCUUGAACCAGCCCUGCAAGGACGAGAUGAGCAGGCCAGGGGCUCCAGCUGUGAGCUCUCUCCUGUUUGGUACCAGCCAUGCUCUCUCCAAGGCGUGGUGAGAAGGGGUGUCCUGCUGGGACAGGGAGCUCUGGGGGCUCCAAACUGCUGYGUGCCUUUCAGAGCAGCUAACACACCUUUGGUCCCGUGAGUAGGGGAGGAGCUGCAGAGCCAAUCUCUCACUUCUUACUGCUUUCUCAUCUCUUGCCGGAAGGUGGUUGUUUCCAGGUUUUGUGGAAGAGGGAAUCAAACAAAUAAACUGACCUCCAGUACUA